ACGCAGUAGCCAAUGUGAACUAUGAAACUUUAACCAUCUCCGCCUCAGCAACAAGCUGUGAGGUGCUGCAGACUUUUUCCUGGCAAUAGUGGGUUGCGAGGCAACUCUUCGAGUUCGUGGGUGAAAAUCCUCAAUUUACUUUUCGUUGGGGUUUUGUCACCCCAUUUGCUGUCACGCUGCAUUCCAUUGUUUCUUCGCCGCUGCAGUAUCCCUAUAAGGGUAUGGAGGAGCUGCGGCCUAGCGCUGUCCCCACGCCCCAGCCUUUCUCUUCUCUCUUCCCACCGGGGCUGCAUGCUAUUUAUGGGGAGUGCAGGAGGUUGUACCCAGAGCAGCCUAACCCGUUGCAAGUCACCGCUAUCGUCAAGUACUGGUUGGGUGGACCUGAUCCCUUAGAUUAUGUCAGCAUGUACAGGAAUCUUGGCAAUCCGGCACUUGAUGUCCCUGAGCACUGGCAUUAUGUCAGCUUUGGUCUGAGUGAUUUGUAUGGUGACAACAGAGUUCAUGAAUACACAGGAGCAGAUGGUCCAAGUGGCUUUGGCUUUGAAUUAACCUUUAGAUUAAAACGAGAGGCUGGUGAAUCGGCACCCCCAACGUGGCCAGCAGAACUAAUGCAGGGUCUUGCAAGAUAUGUCUUCCAGUCUGAAAAUACUUUUUGCAGUGGAGAUCAUGUUUCAUGGCACAGUCCUCUUGACAACAGUGAGUCCCGUAUUCAGCACAUGCUUCUUACUGAAGAUCUUCAAAUGCAGCCCGUACAGACUCCAUUUGGAAUGGUAUCCUUUCUACAGAUAGUUGGAGUAUGCACUGAAGAGCUACAUGCAGCACAGCAAUGGAAUGGACAGGGGAUCUUAGAACUUCUACGAACAGUACCUGUCGCUGGAGGACCUUGGUUGAUAACAGAUAUGCGAAGAGGAGAGACCAUCUUUGAAAUUGAUCCACACUUGCAACAGGAGAGGGUCGAUAAAGGCAUUGAGACAGAGGGGUCCAAUCUUAGUGGUGUAAGUGCUAAAUGUGCAUGGGAUGACUUAAGUCGCCCUCCAGAGGAUGAAGAUGACAGUAGGAGUAUAUGUAUUGGCACCCAGCCUCGAAGAUUGUCUGGCAAAGAUACAGAGCAAAUCAGAGAAGCUUUGCGAAGGGGCCUUGAAAUCCACAGUAAGCCAAUUCUACCUCCAAUAAAUGUACAACGACAGAAUGGCAUGAAUCACGAUCGAACACCCAGUCGGAAAGAUAGUUUAGACAGUGAAAGUUCUUCAGCCAUUAUUCCACAUGAGUUAAUACGCACAAGACAACUAGAAAGUGUUCACCUCAAGUUUAACCAGGAAUCUGGAACACUGAUUCCACUAUGUUUAAGAGGUAGACUGUUACAUGGUCGGCACUUUACAUACAAGAGUAUUACCGGGGAUACAGCAAUCACAUUUGUGUCCUCUGGAGUGGAAGGUGCAUUUGCUACAGAGGAACAUCCAUAUGCAGCACAUGGUCCUUGGCUUCAAAUACUGUUGACAGAAGAGUUGGUGGAAAGAAUGCUUGAAGACUUAGAAGAUUUGAGCUCUCCAGAGGAUUUGAAACUUCCCAAGGAAUACAGUUGGCCUGAAAAGAAACUGAAAAUUUCUAUUCUACCAGACACAGUGUUUGAUAACCCAUUACCAUGAGGCUGGAUUUAAAUUGACAAGUCUUUCUGAGAUAUGGAAGAGCCAGCAUGCACUUUCCUUUAGUGAGCACCAUUUCGUUCUUUUAAAGCCAAAGGAAAAUGAUUUACUGCACAAUCAAUGAUUCAUGGGACAUUUGAACACAUUGCAUAGAAAAUCCCCCUUUUAUGAACUGAAAUAUACAUUUCCAGUUCAACAUCCUAUGGAAGGGCCCUAUACAUUGAGGUUCUCUCUUGUAAUCCUUACAGGUAGCUAAGGGUUUAAAUAAGGACACUUUUUAUUGGCACAGAGAAACAAUACAUAUAUUGCUUUAACAUUUUGUCAAUCACGUUUCUGAUAUAUAUGUAUUCAGCCAGCUGAUGGAUAUUAAGAACACUGGAUACCGUUAGUAGCUAGACCACUGACUGCAUGAGACUGUGUUUUGGGCAGUGUAUUUGCAAUGUCUAAAGGGUUUGCCAAAUAUUUAAUUGAUCCUUGAGAAUUGUUAGUUUAUUUUCAUGUUGAAAUGAAUAAUGUGCACAAGAUACAAUAAGCUGUUUUAUCUAUAUUGAUAUUAGCAUAUGUAUUGCCAAAUAUGUUUUAUAACUUCACACAUUUGUAUGCAGAAGAUUGUAUUAGAACACUGAACAUUAAAUACAUGUGGGAUGUUUUGUUAGAGAAAAUGUUGACUUAAACCUUUUAUGAUUUGUACAUUCUAUUAUUCUUUUACAGAGUUCUUAAAAUAAAUGGUUUUGGACAGCCAAUCAAAACCUUUACAGUAA